UGCUAUCAAUGACGACCAAAGGAAAACAAUCAUUAUUUCACUUACAAAGUAAAUAGUUUCUCUCGAAAAUAUUUAGUCCAAACUGUUUCUGUAAUUAAAUUGUAUGUAAAUUGUUUGUGCAAAACACUCCAGCAUGUACACGCUUCUAAGUGGAUUCUAUAAAUACCUCACACAAAAGGAUGAAUAUUGCAUACUGAUCCUGGGACUGGACAAUGCUGGCAAAACGACCUAUCUGGAGGCAGCGAAGACCAAAUUCACCAAAAACUACCGUGGCAUGAAUCCCAGUAAAAUUACCACCACCGUCGGAUUGAACAUCGGACAGAUCGACAUUCAGGGCAUUCGGAUGAGCUUUUGGGACCUGGGAGGGCAACAGGAGCUGCAAUCCCUGUGGGACAAGUAUUACUCCGAGUCGCAUGCCGUUAUCUACGUUGUGGACUCAAACGAUCGCGACCGGAUGCACGAAUCGAAAGAGGUCUUCGAUAGGAUGAUAGCCAACGAGUACCUGUCCAGUGUGCCGCUGCUUGUGCUGGCCAAUAAGCAGGACCUGCCGGACUGUAUGGGCGUACGGGAAAUUAAGCCGGUGUUCCAGGAAGCGGGACACUUGAUCGGCAGGAGGGAUUGUCUGGUGAUGCCCGUUUCGGCGUUGACCGGAGAGGGGGUCGACGAAGGCAUCAAAUGGCUGGUGGAAUCAAUCAAACGUAAUUCCUUCGCCCGUCCACCGAAGACGGAGGACACAUGAUAAGUGCAUCGACUUCAAGGUUCGCGUGUGCAAUUUUUCGUUUAAUAAUCGUGUUAAUUUCACGGAAUUUAUUCCAAUUCAUGUAUGACGCCGUAAAAGACAAAAAAAGGUGUUCAAAUGCAA